AUUCGAUAUACAUAUCGCAUGGGUUUAACCUGGAAAUUAAAGAAUUCAGACAACAGUAUUAUAUAUGUUUAGCGAAAACAAGUGCUAAAGGCGAGAUACAGAAUAGAUUCAACAUCCCGGUAAAAGAAGUUAAUUUUUUUAUUCAAGCUUUGAACGCAGUUCAAAAAUAUCUGGAAGAUUUCAUUUGAAUAAAUGAAAAUCUAUGCAAUUAUUGCGAACGUCUCUCUCUCUCUCUCAAAAUAUGAAGAAAUCAUUGUAUAUAUCUCGUAUAUGAAGAAAUUGUCUAGUUCGGCAUCUCUCUCUUAUAUGAAGAAAUCGUCUAAAAACAUUAACUCGUCAGGUAAAAAUUUAAAAAGAAAAUGUUUUUGCUGGUAGAAUCAGGCUUCCGAAAUUUUUUAGAAUGCUAUCGUAAAAGUGAUCUCGAAUAUAUCGAUCCAACCAUUUUUUUUAGAGAUAUAAAAUCCGAACUUUUUAACGUAAUUACGAACUUCGGGAAUGAUUAUAGAGUACGAUUUGUGAUUAGCUUAAAAGUAAUAAUGUACAAAAGUGUAGAAAUGGGAGAUAAAUACGAGUUUAAAGAUUUUUUCUUUACGAGUUAUGCAGAACGAGUUCUAAGCCCUUUUCUAAGUUGGAAGAAUAUUGAGAAUGCGAUAAACAAAAUUCUAGGAGAUAUAUCUGUUGCAGUAGUAUUAGGUAGCGGGUGGGUAAUUUACAAAUUAGAUUAUAUUGAUAUUCAUAGAGCGACGUAUAAUGCAUAUAAUGGGGGUUGUGGUUCUAUAAUUUUGCCUAAACGUUUAGUAAAUAAAAAAUGUAUUUUAAAUAUUCGAUGUAAUGAUAAUAAAUGUUUUGUUUAUUGCAUUCUCGCGAGUAUUUUUCCAUUGGUAAAUAAUAAAAAUAAUAUAUCUAGCUAUAAAAAAUAUUUAAAAUUUAUUAAUUGUUCGAAUUUAAAAUAUCCGGUUUCGUUGGACCAAAUAUAUGUUUUUGAGAAAUCAAAUAGUAUUUCCAUUAAUAUAUAUGGUUAUAAAGAUAUUGUUUUUCCGUAUUAUAUAAGUAAGUUUAAAUUCGGUAAAAUUGCGAAUUUACUAUUAUACCAAAAUCAUUAUUUUUUAAUUCGAAAUUUCAACAGACUUUUACACGAAAAACAAAAGUCUCUUUAUUACUAUUGUAAAAAUUGUUUAAACGGUUUUCAACGCGAAUCGAGUUUAAAUUUACAUAGAGAAAUAUGUACAAAUUUCAAAUUUCAAAGACUAUCGGUACCUACAGUCGAAAAUUCCAUUCUUAAAUUUAACGAAUUUCAUAAGAUGCUUAAGCAUCCUGUUGUCGUUUAUUGCGACUUCGAAUGUUUAACAGAAAAAGUUUCUAACGCGAUGCAAUCAACAGAUACUAGCUUUAGUACCGUUACGCAAAUUCAUAAACCGAUUUGUUACGCGAUGGUCGUAUUAGAUAAAAACGAAACAAUUAUCUAUUCUAAAUUUUAUUGUGGGUUAGACGUUAUAGACAAUUUUUUAGAAACUUUAAAACAUCAAUCGGAACGUCUUAUUAAAGAAAUAAAACUUAAUAUUCCACUAGAUCGUCGAACAAUUCCAAAUUCUAUUAAUCGAGAUAAAUGUAAUAUUUGUGGAAAAAAGUUUUCCCCUAAAGAUGUAAGGUUAAUUGAUCAUAAUCAUUUAGAUGGAAUGUUUCGACAGGUAGCGUGUCAAGGAUGUAAUUUAAAUCUAAAUCUAAAACCUUUUAUUCCCGUAGUUCUUCAUAAUUUUUCUGGUUACGAUUCACAUCUAAUUUUAAAAGAUAUUUCUAAAAAGUAUAUAUCCUCUCUUAGAAUUAUUCCCAUCAAUAUGGAAAAAUACACUACAUAUACUUUAGAUUGUUUUAAAUUUUUAGACAGUUACCAUUUUUUAAAUUCGUCAUUAUCAAGUCUAACUGAGAAUUUAAUAAAUUCAAAGUACGACUUUCCGAUCUUUAAUCAAUUUUUUUCGAAUAAUAAAAAUAGCUAUUUGUUAAAAAGAAAAGGUGUUUUUCCAUAUAAUUGGUUUAAUGAUAUCUCAAAAUUAAAUAAUAAUUCUUUACCCGAUAAAAAAUGGUUUUACAACGAUUUAACUAGAAGUCAUAUAAGUUCGGAAGAUUACAAUUUAGCUCAGCUUGUGUGGAACGCUUUUAAUUGUAGGAAAUUUUCAGAUUAUUUACAAUUAUAUCAAUUUGUCGAUACAAUUUUACUCGCAGAUAUUUUUUCAAAUUUUCGUAACUUAUCAUUAAAGUAUUACGAUCUCGAUCCAAUUCAUUUUUUAACUUGUCCAAAUCUUACAUUUAUUGCGGGAUUAAAAAUGGCUAAAAUAGAACUAGAGCUAUUUACCGAUUUAGAUAUGUAUCUAUAUAUAGAAUCUGGAAUUAAGGGUGGUCUUUCAUUGGUCGCAAAUAGGUAUUCCCANUUAUUAAAAACCACGUCUUGGCAAUUUUGUUUACAAUAUCUCUCUCUCGCUAUAUAUAAAGCGGGAGCGAUUUAUUCCAGAAACUCUCGUUCAAAUCUCGCGGAGAAGUAUAACCGAAGGGGCAUCGAAAAUGGGUGUGGUUUCGACUCCUAUGAGAGUUUCUGGGAUAGUGUCACUAUCCUUAAGAAAGACAUAAAGAUCACAAGGCCAAUUAAUACCCCUGUGGCUAAGAGCAAGGGCAAGCUCAUGCCUAUCAUCCACAGUCAUUGGCACAUGCAUAUAUACAACCCCAUCACGGCAAUUACAGAUGGUACAGAUGUCCGUUGCAGAUUUGCAAAACCUUUAGAUCCAAGCUGUAGUUUCAAUGUUGGAGCUCAAGAAAUGAAGAAGGUAGCACUGAAUACUUGUAAGAGCCAGAGGUACUGA